AUGUCGGUUGCUAUCCAGACCCAGAAAGAGAGUGAUUGUGCCGAUGGCGGCGACACUGGUGCUGCGAGACGCGGCAGCGGGUUCGCGUCCGUGAAGCCGUCGAUGGUAUGCGAUGCGACAGACGCGCGACCGGACCCAGAUCCAGCGGUCGAGGACGCCGACGAUAUGGAGAACAAGGAUGACAAAAGCAAAGACAACGACGACGAAAAGGUCGCGGCGUUUCUGGAGAGGAACGGACUGCACCGCUCGGCCGUCGCGGCGGCGCACGAGUUUGCGCGGGCGAGGUUCCCAGGCUGCGGGGUGGAGAGGGCGCCGUUUCAGGGGUAUUGCUCGUAUACCCUGCUCCUGCGGCCGCGUCCUCUCGGCGGCGGGGUCGGUGGCGGUGGCGGUGGCGGGCUCGUCCAGUUCCGGCCGAGGAGGCACGGUAUCGACGUGGACGUCUGCGGCGAGGCCAGGGGUGUUUUGGGGGCCGGGAUCGUGCCGGGUGUGGAGGAGUUGGGUGUGCUGGCGGGGCUGGAGAAGACGGUGAGCCGCGGCGGGAGGGGGAAGGAUCACGGCGACAGGGACGGCGAGAGGAACGGCGAGAGUGACGGGGAGCUAUGCGCGUAUCUCCUGGAGAGGGUCGGCGGGGUGUCGUUGACGUGGUUCCGGGGUGUCUCUGCCGGCUUGGGAGCGGAUCCGAGGGCGUCUCGGCGGAGGCUCGUGGCUGACUUGGCUGUUGUCUUUGCGGAUUCGUGGAGGGGCAGGCGGGAGGGCUUCGGGAGCGGGGACGUCGUCGUCGGCUCCGGCUCCGGCUCCAAGGGGCGCGUGGGCGAGAGUAUGGCGUGGCGGUUGGAGAUUAUGGAGAGCGGGUUGCCCCCCGAGUUCAGGGACAUUGUGAGGGAGGUUCGGAGGGACCUGGCGGAGAUUGAGGACCUGCCUUGGGUCGUUACGCACGGGGACCUCGUGCCGGAUAACGUCAUGGUGCAUCCGCCGCGCGACGAGGACGAGGCGUGGGUGCGGCGGCGGCGGCGGCUGGGGUGGGGGAGGGAGGAGAGGGCUGGCGGGUUGGUUGGGUUGAUUGACUGGGCCGAGGCGGAGUGGUUGCCGUUUGGGGUUGGGAUGUACGGUCUGGAAGAGGUGUUGGGGGAGGAUGUUGUUGUUGUUGAUGGGAAUACUAAUGUCGACUGCGUUGGAGGCGGCGGCGGAAGCAGCAGUAGCGGCGCCACUGCGGCUACUACGACGACGACGACGAUGAUGACGACGAGGUUCGAAUAUUACCCCGAAGCAGCCUCCCUCCGCGCCCUCUUCUGGGAUGAGGUCGGUCGCGUCGUGGGCGACGACGAGGUCAUCCGCCGGGCUAAGAGGGCUCAGUUCCUAGGGGUGCUGCUCUGGAGGGGCAUCGCGUUUGAUGAUGGCGCGCUGGGGAGGGUCGUGGACGAGGAGAGGGACUGGUGGGACUUGCAGAGGUUGCGGGUUUGGGCUUUUGAGGAGGGGGGUUUGGGGUUGAGUCGUGGGAAGGUUGAGGUCGAGGUGGUUCGGGGUAGCGGGGAGCAGAAGAAGAGGGAUAGGAGGCGGUUGCUGAAGAGACUUUUUGCGUGGAUAAGAGGGUGUUGUUAA